AUGAACCGUGUCCCAGCUCGAGGCUUUCAAACAGCUGCCACACGCUCGAUCAACUGGAUCGGAAAUGUAUCCGUGGCAGACGUUGUGCAAAUAAACGGUGAUGCGGAAUGGGAACAAGCACUUAACAGUGCAGCUUCGAAGGCAGAGGCACAAAGCCCAAAGGUGGUCGAUGCUAAGAUACAAGGCGCCUUGGCUCAUACUUCGGCCAAGGACCCUACCGAAAAAGAAAAGAUUGUCACUGUGGGCUACUAUAGCGCUCGAGGAACUAGACUUUUGUCUUCACAUGUUCGUCGAGAUGGUUCCUACACGUCGUGGGAAAGUCGUGCGGGGAAAAGAUAA